AUCAUUUCAGGUACAUGUGGACCUCCGCUGAUGAGUCGUCUUCUGUUUUGAUGGCUGGGUUUUAUUCUUGGGUUGUCUCACUGGCACUGUCGGUGGUCCAGUUUUGAACUGCAGAUGAGGGGCUAGUUCUAUUUCGCUCUAAGCGUGACCCGCCACUUCCUUCACGCAAUCCAAACAAACUGCAAUCACUCCACUUCCUGUCACGGCCCAUCUUCCAUUCCAGCCACUUCCUGUCUAAUGACAGACUGCCAUCAACAAAUGACACCAGCGUGUGUGUGUGUGUGUGUGUGUGUGUGUGUGUGUGUGUGUGUGUGUGUGUGUGUGUGUGUGUGCGUUUCAGUACACAAUUGUCACCAUGUCACAGCUGCCCGCCUCAAUGCCAUCAGGGACUGUUAGCUUUUAAGGUUAUAAUGACCUCUGCAUGACCCAACCAAAGACCCCGCCCCUUUUUUCUAAUCAGCAAAGCUAAUUCAUCUAAGGAAAGGAUUGAGGACAGAAAGUUGGAAGGAAGGAAAAUGGAAGAAUGGAUGAACGGAUGAAAGGAACCCAAAAAAGGAUGUUAUGAAAGAAAAUAAGGAUGGAAUUAUGAAAGGUCGUAAGGUCAAAAGAGGAUGUAAGUUAAGGAGGAAGGACAGAAGGAAGAGUGGAUGGAAGGAUUAACAAAGGAAACCAGCAUGCAUGAAAGGAAAGCAGGAAGGAAAGAAAAGAGAAAGACUGGGUGAUGCAACAAAAGAUUAAUGGGAGGAAGGAAACUAGGAUGUAUGGAAGGAAGGAAGCAAGGAAGGGAGGAACGAAGGAAGCAAGGAAACGAGGAUUUGUUGCAAUGAGGAAGGAGGCCAUUUAGAGCAGUUGCCAGGUGCGAGUGCUUUUUAAAAAUGUAAUUUGUCAGAAGUGUAAAAAUGGUCAAAGGAAAAAUGUGGAAAUGUUGACUCCUAUUUCCACAUGGAAACGUUACAUUUUUAACGUAGUACAAUCGUGUCCCGUUGAUGUCAAAAGUAAUCUCGUUGGCCGCUGUGCUGACCAAAUAAUGUGCGCGUGGGUGUGUCUUUCAGUCACAAUUUGAUCUUGAUGAUGAUGAAGAUAAGAAAGGAGUGAAAAGGAAGUCCGAAUCACAAAGACGGGAAACGAGAACGGCCCAGCUUCUGCGUGCGCGCGUGGGCACGUACACGCACACGCCUCAUAAAACACAACAAUGAAGGUGCCCUCGCGCAAAUCCAUUUGUGACCACCGGCUGUGUGCGUGCGUGCGCGCCGCGUGUGGGCGGGCGUGCAGACGUGAUUUCAUUUGCGAGCGUCUCGGCUGGAGAAUGAGAAUGAGGAGGCCGACGAGAAGGAGGAGGAGGAGGAGAGAAGGAGGACGAAGAGGACAGAGGUUGGCGAGCGCUCCGAAGAAGGUGAUUGUGCCGCGUCUUCAUCUCAACAGGUGUGUACAUGCAAAGGUGUCCAUGGCGACUUGCGUGUUCGCGUUGGUGAGUGUGUAUGUGUUAGCAUGUGCAGCAUCCAACAUAGACACGCGCUUCCCGCUGCUGAAGACGGGAGCAGACGGAACUUUGUUUGGACUUUCCGUCGCUCUGCAUCUCGACCUCAAGUCACGCACACACCUUUUAUUGGUCGGCGCACCGAGGGAGAGGGCGGAGCCUGGUGUGCCGGCCAAUCGAACCGGGGGCGUGUACAUCUGCCCGAUCACUAGCGACCAAUCGGAUUGCAGGAGGCUGCCGCUCAUCAAGCCAGACCUGGAGCCAUCCGAGGACUUGGUGGAGGACAUGUGGCUGGGCGUGACGCUGGCCAGUGAGGGGCCACCUGGGGGGCGGGUUCUGGUGUGCGGCCAUCGCUUUGUGAAGAUUUACGGUGCGUUCAAACUGAGACACAUGAUCGGCCGCUGUUAUCUCCGCGGUAACGAUCUGCGCCACACUGAGGCCGACGAACAGGUCUGCAGUCACCUGGGCGACAUGCGCGGAGAGGUCAUGUGUAACUCGGGAAUGUCUGCCGCCAUCUUUCGUCAUGACAUCAUCAUCGGAUCGCCGGGAAGUUACCAAUGGCAAGGAAACAUCCAUGUAAGAUGGAACAAUCCUGAUGAUGUCUUUGACACCAGGAGUAGCUCCUUCCCAAAUCUGCAACGCAGGAACAUCUACUUAGGUUAUUCAGUCACUCAGGCAGCAGGUCUUCUCUCACAGGAUGACAUCACGAUAGUAACAGGCGCUCCAAAAGACACCAAAGAGGACGCUCGUGGAUCAGUGCUGCUGGCGGUCAAAGCCGGCGGCAGUGGUUUGCUGGCCAUCCGGCAGACGCUGCGAGGAGAGCAGACAGGCUCGUACUUCGGGAACGCCGUGGCCGCCGCAGACCUGGACAACGACGGGUGGUGCGACCUGCUGGUGGGCGCGCCUUUCUACUUCCGGCGGCAGCAGGAAGUGGGCGGGGCGGUUUACGUGUACAUGAACGUGAGGGGGCACUUCCGCUCAAUACCCACUUUGGUGCUGAAGGGGCCGCCUGCUUCGGCGUUCGGAAUGGCCGUCGCCCAUGCUGGGGAUCUCGACCAAGACGGUUUCCAGGACUUUGCAGUGGGCGCUCCGUUCCAGGGAACAGGAAGUGUUAUGAUCUGGCGCGGGAGCAGCACCGGCAUCUCCACUCAACCCAGCCAGGUUAUCAGCGGAAGCAGUUUGUCGCCUCGUUUCUCCACUUUUGGGUUCUCGUUGUCCGCCGGACUGGACGUGGACGGCAACAAACAUCCAGACCUCCUGGUUGGCUCCCUGGAUGACACCGCAGUCCUGCUCAGAACUCGUCCGGUGAUCCACCUCAACAAAACCAUAAGUGUGUCCCCAAAUAGAGUCAACCCCAACACUUGCGACUUUUGUAUUGAGGUGGAGGUGUGUUUCUCAUACACGCGCAGCACUGGCGAGACGAAAAACCAAGACAGCAUCACCAUCCAUUUCACCGUGGCGGCAGAUGUCAGCAGCCUGAACCCCCGUCUACGUUUUCGUGGCAAUGGUCAGAGCGUGUACGCCGGUUUCAUGCUGGUUUCUCAGCAUCGCUGCAGAACUCUGAGCGUCGGACUGCUGACUCCGGUCCGAGACAAAAUGGAAGCAUUGGUGUUCUCGCUCAACGCGUCUCUACACCAGAAGAUGUCCAAGAACAGAGACCCCCUCCAGGACCUGGCAGCCUUCCCCGUGCUCAGCCACAGACCUCGACCAGUCCAAACUCAGGUUCACAUUCAGAAGUACUGCGGUUCCGAUAACCGUUGCCACAGCAACCUGCAGAUGGCGGCCCACUUCACUGACUCCAGGCAGCAGCCACUGCGCAUCUGUUCUGGUCGUCAAGUGUGGUUCUACGAGGGCAGCGCAGACCGUCUUCUGCUGCGGGUCAACAUUAGCAACACGGCAGAGGACGCUCACUUGGCCAUUCUCAACGUUAGCGUCCCGCCUGCACUGGUCUACUCCGGAGUCCGGACAAAGGGUGGUGUCCAGGAAGUUCAAUGUUCUGUGGAAGGCUCUGCGGUUCUGUGCGAGCUGGGGAACCCAUUCAAAGCCAACCGAACAGUUGAGGUGUGGAUCAUUUUGGAGCCUUCAGAGAUCAGUUGGGACACUCGGGAGGUGGAAGUACUGCUGCAGAUGUCCACACUCAGCGAGCAGACAGACUUGUCUCCAGUCUGGGUCUCCUUGAUGGUCAACUACACGGUAGACAUGUCCCUCACAUUGACCAGUCAGCCGGGCCCUGCACCUUUCAGCGGUCACGUUUUGGGCGAGAGUGCCAUGAGGACCACGGAGGAUGUGGGCCCUCUGCUUCUCUUUACCUUCCAGGUGCAUGUGGGCGGGAGGCCGCCCGAUCGCCGGGGCAACCUGGAGCUGGCGUUCGAAUGGCCGAGCGAGCUGUCCAACGGGAAGUGGCUGCUCUACCUAACAGAGAUCUCGCUGAACGGAAGCGCCGAGUCGCGAUGCCUUCCGCCUGGCAACGUGCUCAACCCGCUACGCCUCAAGCUUUCCCGAGAGGAGAGUGCGGGGAGGGAGAGGCAGAGUCCAAGACAAGAAGACGAAGUGCGGAAGGACGAACGAGCAGGCCGCAGCCCACCUCACACCAACAAGUCUUACAUCCUGGACUGCAGGAACGGCGGUGCCAAGUGUGUACACUUCGUGUGUCGCCUGUCGCACGUCAAGAAGAGCGCUAGUGUGACUCUGCGAGCACGUCUCUGGAAGGCCACCAUGUUGGAGCACUACAUGGACGCCAGGGCCGUGCUGCUCCGGGGACAGGCAACCCUCAGGCUGGGCGCCAUCAGCACGGAGACCCCCAGUGCACAGAUGGAGGUCUAUGCUUACCCUGACCUGGAGAGGUGGGAGGGCAGCGGUGCCCCCUUGUGGACGAUUGUAGCAGCCGUCCUGGCUGGACUGGGCCUGCUGGCCCUCAUCUGCAUGCUGCUGUGGAAGUGCGGCUUCUUUUUGCGCCGUCGCUCAUGGCGAGCGGCGGCCCAGUACCAGGGUCGGAUCUUGGCGGCGGAGGAGCGCCACGAGGGCCAGGACGCCGUCUUGACCAGAACCAAACCCAAACAGUGGCGCACCUGGACCGCCGUGGACUGAAGCCCCACCGAAAGACCUCAUACUUGUAACUAAGCGGAACUCUCUCGUCAGCGGGCAUCACCAACAUGGUGGUCACUCCUGAUGACCACACGAUGCCUGCGCCCUCACCGCUGAGAUGUGUCUUGAUUUUAAAAUUUUUUUACGUUUGCUUUGGAUAUGACAAUGUUUGUGAAAAACUAGUAUGGUUCAAAGGUCAGUAUUGCAACACCUGAAAUAAUUUCAGCAAAUGUGUUCUUUCCCAAGUGUGUACGGUGGUCACCUUUCAUCAGUAGCAGCUCUCACUUCCCAAAACGUGUGACCUCUGCUUUAGCGUGUGUGCGUGGGCUGUGGUUCUGUGUCGUCUGCGUUUGAAUGUCAUGACUGAAGAUUGUAAAUUACCAUAUUGACGGAGAGCUCAGAAAUGAGGUGUUUGUAUUGUUGGUUGUGUAGAAUUCAGAAUUGUCCGUCCUCUGGUUGCUAAUGCUAUGCUAAGCUCAUGAGUCUGGCAGUCUGUUUAUUGGUGUUUUGAAAACUUGGUGAUGUCAAACUUAACUGUGGAUUAAAUAAAUUCAUCUGUCAA